AUGAAGGUCACUCUUUCCCAGCUCAUUGCCCUGGCUGCCACUGCAAGCUGCACCGCCAUUGAUCUCGACAAGAGAGCCUCCCCUCUUGAUGUCACUCUCACCCCCCUAGGUAACACCAAGGUCAAGGCCGUUCUGACCAACAACGGCGAUGUCAGCUACAACUUGUUCUACAAGGGAUCGUUCCUUGACAGCGCCCCCGUUGACAAGUUCCACGUCACCUCUGCCUCUGCCAACGCACCCUUCGCUGGCAUUCUGCAGCGUUUGGCCACCACUGAUCUCACUGAGGAGUCUUUCAAGCCUAUCAUGGCUGGCCAGACCAUCGAAGUCGAGGUCGAGCUUGCUGAGCUUUACGAGCUCUCCUCCAGCGGAGCAUACAAUGUUCUCGCUGCCGGAUCUCUUCCCUACGCCGAGCUGAACUCCACUGUCCUCUCUGGCAGUGCUCUCUCAUUCUCGAGCAACACCAUUUCUCUUGACGUUGACUCCGAGGAGGCUGCCAAGGUCGAGAUGGCCAUUAGCAAGCUUCAGAAGCGUACCGCCAUACAGGGCGACUGCAGCGGUACUAAGUUGACCGCUAUCCGCUCAGCCCUUAGCAACUGCAACAAACUGGCCACAGCUGCUGCCAACGCCGCCACUUCUGGCUCGGCCACCACUUUCAACACCUACUUCAAGAGCACCUCUUCCAGCGUCCGCAGCACUGUUGCUGCCCGCCUCAGAGCCGUUGCAUCUGACUGUGCUUCCACUACUGGUGGCAAGACCCGCACUUACUGCACUGACAUUUACGGUGGCUGCGAGUCUGGUGUCCUUGCAUACACUCUCCCCUCCAACAACUACAUCGCCUACUGCCCCCUCUUCUUCAGCGAUCUCCCCGGCUUGACCGCUCAGUGCCACGCCCAGGACCAGGCCACCACUGUUCUUCACGAGGAGACUCACGCCCCUGGUGUCUACAGCCCUGGUACUGAGGACAACGGCUACGGCUACAGCGCUGCCACCCAGCUUUCCAGCGCCCGUGCCGUCCUCAACGCUGACUCUUAUGCUCUUUACGCCAACGCCAUCUACUCUGGAUGUUAA